GUUCUGUCAAAAAAAUUGGGACACCACGACGCCAUGACUGUGAACAAAUGUAUUUGCUUUCACUUUGUGUGUAGUUAUGUUUGAAGAGACAGUUAACAGGCCGCGUUACUGAGGUUCCAUUAUGGGUUGCCAGCCAAGCCAGCUGAAACAUAAGAUCGAGCCCGCGACAAAACAACCAGCAAAAACAAAUCUUCCUCUUAGCGCACGCCAGAUAUAUUUGUUGAAGCGGUCGUGGAAAGGGAUUCAAAGAGAAUUGAAAGUGACGGCCACAGAUAUGUUUGUAAGAUUGUUCUGGCAACACCCGUACUUGAAGAGUUUAUUUACAUUCAAAAACAUGGAGAACGUGGACGAAUGUACAUCAAGUGCCGGCAGACCCUUCACACACCACGCCUUUCUUGUAAUGAAAGUAGUGGAUGUUUGCAUCAGUAACAUCGACGACUUGGACUAUACAUCCAAACUGUUGGCAGAAAUACUACGAAUUCAUAAGGCGAACGGUCUUAGUUACAAAUUAUUUUGGAAAAUAAAGCAGCCGUUUCUACAAGCGGUGAAACACACGCUGGAUGAGAGAUACUCAGAUAACAUGGAAACUGUCUAUAUAACUGUUAUUGACUAUAUUCUACUCCACCUUUCUGAAGGAAUAUCCGAAAGUGAAUGUCUUGGUGAUGACGCGAUAAAAGAAGAAAUCGAGCGCUCCGGAAUUGUGAGCUUGAAAGAAGAACUUGCCAAGAAACAACCCCCUAAGUCAAAUGUUGGUCUUAGGUAUGAUAGUAGCACCCUCACCGAAUUGGUUAGCCAAAAGACGGAGGACGAACCUGAAAACGACAAGCUUCAGGAGUUCGGGAUCAUGUAGAGAAUACCGCGUGGAAAGUGGCCGUUAGAAUCCCAUUUACCCUACAACGUAUCCCAGUCAUAAAUGGUAAGUAACGGAAACGACUGUGGCAUUCCAUUUCGUGCAUAUCCAGAACUUAAAGCUAGAAGUUAUUUACGACCUGUGUACAGUGCACUUGCACACGUAACUUGUGCGUCGUCAAUAAUUUCAGGUAAUGUCAGUCGAUGAUGUGGAUUUCAGGCGUUGAGCAUCGCUAAGGAGCGUCCAGUCGCGUGUUCUUUAAUCCAGUGUCCAGUCAGAUGAUUUUUAAUCACAUGUCCAGUCAGAUGGUCUUUAAUCACAUGUCCAGUCAGAUGGUCUUUAAUCACAUUUCCAGUCAGAUGGUCUUUAAUCCAAUGUCUUGUCAGAUGGUCUUUAAUCACAUGUCCAGUCAGAUGGUUUUUAAUCACAUGUCCAGUCAGAUGGUCUUUAAUCACAUUCCCAGUCAGAUGGUCUUUAAUCCAAUGUCUUGUCAGAUGGUCUUUAAUCACAUGUCCAAUCAGAUGGUCUUUAAUCACAUUUCCAGUCAGAUGGUCUUUAAUCCAAUGUCUUGUCAGAUGGUCUUUAAUCACAUGUCCAGUCAGAUGGUCUUUAAUCACAUGUCCAGUCAGAUGGUCUUUAAUCACAUUUCCAGUCAGAUGGUCUUUAAUCCAAUGUCUUGUCAGAUGGUCUUUAAUCACAUAUCCAGUCAGAUGAUUUUAAUGAAAUGUUUAACAAAUGUUGGAUACCGCGUGUGUUAUAAGUUUUACACAGGUGUUCACUUUAAAAAACAACCAUAAUAAAUAAGUAUAUAUAUAUAUAUAUAUAUAUAUAUAUAUAUAUAUAUAUAUAUAUAUAUAUAUAUAUAAUUCGGUCUCAGUCGCGAGUGCAGAACAUUAUGCUGGGGGAUCUAGAUAAUAGCGAUGGGAGAUUCUAAGGAGGUACGAGUCAUGAACCCCUGAAAAAUAUAUUUAAAAAAAACAACAACAAAAACCCCAACACCUUCGCUUUGAGCAGAGGAUGGAUUCGAACCCCAAAUCAAACCUUGCACACGCUUUUGGGUCUGCACUUACAUAAUUAUACUCUUGAACUUGACAAGAGCUUAACUUCGGAGGUUACUCCAGAAGAAUUCAAAUCGAUGUCUAAUCAUUACUUUUAAGGAUGAAUAUUUCACGACAAAAUUACAGUAUUUACAUAGUAUGUGUGAGGUACAGAAAUGCCAUGCGAUUUAAAACAAAUAAUUUUGACUAGAUUAGCAAGUAGAAGAUCACAAGACAUAGUGCCAAACGAGCAAUAAUGGAUACACAUGCCAGGGUGCGUUUGGCCGACAUUUACGUAUGGUAAAUUGAUGGUAAAAGUCGAACAUAUGAGCAGCACAGCUUUGAAGCUGUAUAUUUGGAGUCUACACUAUAACAACAAUUACAUUAUAAAGGUUAGUUAUAGAACUUCUGAAAAUUGUUCGUUCCAACAUCACAUGUAAGCAGUCUUUUCAACCUAGAAAAUGUCUAUGCAUGUCAUACUUUUAGACUAUAUUAUAUAUGUUUCCUGACAUUUGUUUGCUUUGAUAGUUUCAUAAAUGUGAUAUCUGAAUACAAUAAUGCUAAAAUGCCACUGUUGUGAACAGUUAAAAUUACCGACUUGAUGCAACUCUUUACAUAUGGUAAUGCCAGUGACAGAAUCUAACAACGUCCUUAUGUGCAAAAAGGGUAACCACUUAUAAUUCACAGUUGGUUGCAAGGUACCGAACUUUGUAAUCUUGAGAAACAUAAAGUGAUAUAUCAGUUUGUAACCCACAUCAUGAAAUUAUCACUGUUUGCAGGAAGUGGCAAGAAACUCAACAUCAUAUCACGCCCUGGUAAACAGUUUUAGGCCAAUAAGUUGGAAGAAAUAGGUGGAGAUCAUUAGAGAUACAGAGCCCACCCAUCAGUGUAUUAAUACUAAGUGUUAAUGGUAAACAACACGCCUGUAUCUGUAUAGCUGGGUGGGUGUAGGUGUGUGCAUAUUAGCACAUUCACGUCAUGUUCACAUGCGGUUUUGUGUUGCGGCAUUAAGAAAUAUGAGAUAAAUAGUUAAUAUUUAGUAAUACACACGUUUGUAUUUAUAUGUAAUACGUUUCUGUGUGUGUACAAUUGAUGAUUAACAAUAUAUUUGAAUAAGACAUAGUUUGAAGCACUGUCAAAUUCACAUGCUACAUUGAGCAAUAAAUCUCGUAUUUGGCUGACGUACUUUUGUUCAUAUCAAGUUUGUUUAUGAGCACCUUUUCAGUACAUCACUAAGAGUUCGAUUUUUAUAUUUAAUAGUAUUUUAUAUUUCUAUAAUAGUUAUUCACAUGUGAUUAUAAAAAUUUAAUGUUCUAAUUCUUGACGUUCAUAUAGUGUGUAAAUCGGUUCUGUAGUUCAUACUUCCAUGGACGUAAAACAAUUAUAACGUCAAUGGUUGUGUUUUUUUCUUGGAACACCAACAAAUCUUCGACAGCAGCUGUGACGUCCAUAAGCGUACGAGACAGGUUGCGGAGGACACCUCCUCCAGUGCUGGAGCAAAUCCUCAAAUUUGGGCAAAGACGAUUGGGAUAUUCGGGCACAAUAAGCAGAAACCUGAAACCCUUUUUCACCAUGUAUUUCCAUAAUUCUACCUACAAUAUUAGUUGUAAUCCAUGGAAAAAUGCACAGACAUUCGUUUGCAACGUUAAAUAGCUGUUUGGUAAUAAUGCUAAUAUGAAUAAAUGUUGUAAUCCAG